GCUGCAGUCCUUCAGCAACAGAGUUUAGGCUGUGUCUUUGCUUCAUCAUCUGAGGGAAAAAUCCCCCGAUAAGGCACAGGGCUUCCCGAGCACCCAAAAAAAAAAAAAAAAAAAAAAAAAAGGAGGGGGACUGCUGAUUGUUUUGGGUGACAAUUAUUCAUCACAAUGAUGGAACGGGAAAGGUGCGGCUGUUUGUUGAUAGCAGAGGUUUCUGUUCCCGCUGGAAAUGUGCCGAAUAGACAGAGCUGAACAAGGUCAGUGAUUUAAAAAGUGCCUUUGUGAAGUCACUUUUAUGAGAGAGGACUGCUACGCCUGUGUUUUCAAAAUACUGUCUUUGCCACCUAGACGUUGCCUUGACCUUACCCGUGGCAGAAGAUACCUCAACUGUCUUGAUUUGCCAAUUAAUUGAUGGGAAACUGAACUCACCGUUAAAACAGGAAGAAGACUUAUUAUUAGUGGGACACGAACAAAUGACUGCAUUGCUUUUCUUGGGUAAUCAAUACCAGCAAGCGACCUGCAGCGAGCUAGUAUUCCAUCAAGGAGUGCCAUUGCAUUGAAGGACCUGUGCUUGAAACUGCUGCAUCAGUGAUACAAUCAGCAGAGCCACACGUUUUACGGACAGAAAUGCUACUGAGCAUGGUCGUUUUCAGCCAAAAGUCUACAAGUGGGACUUAAUGAUUGAUGAGUGACUGCUUGCUGAUAAACUUUCUCUGUUUAUUCCGUGUUGUGUGAGUCGGACAUCAUUAAUCGUCCCCCACAUUAUUAUUUUUUUUUAACUUUCUUUUCAAUUGGAAUUAUUUUUUUUUCUCCCCCUCCUUUCAUCGGUAGUUUUGGAAAUUUCUUUGGCAUAAUUCACUUGACAGCAGUUUACAAGUUCUAAUUCAGCUUUUCAUCAUGGCUUUGAAUGUUGCUCCUGUAAGAGAUACAAAAUGGCUAACGUUAGAAGUGUGCAGGCAGUUUCAGAGGGGAACUUGUUCACGCUCUGAUGAAGAAUGCAAAUUUGCACAUCCCCCUAAAAGUUGCCAGGUUGAAAAUGGAAGAGUUAUUGCCUGCUUUGAUUCCUUAAAGGGUCGUUGUACGAGGGAGAACUGCAAGUACCUUCAUCCACCAACACAUUUAAAAACUCAACUGGAAAUCAAUGGCAGGAACAACUUAAUCCAACAAAAAACUGCAGCAGCAAUGCUUGCCCAGCAAAUGCAGUUUAUGUUUCCAGGAACACCACUACAGCCAGUGCCCACAUUUCCAGUGGGUCCCACAAUAGGAACGAACACGGCUAUUAGCUUUGCUCCUUACCUAACGCCAGUAACACCGGGAGUUGGCUUAGUCCCGACCGAGAUCCUACCCACGCCGCCUGUCAUUGUUCCUGGAAGUCCACCGGUUUCAGUCCCUGGUUCAACUGCUACUCAGAAACUCCUCAGGACUGAUAAACUGGAGGUGUGCAGGGAGUUCCAGCGGGGCAACUGUGCGCGUGGAGAGACUGAUUGCCGCUUUGCACAUCCGGCAGACAGCACAAUGAUUGACACAAACGACAACACCGUAACCGUGUGUAUGGAUUACAUAAAAGGUCGUUGCAUGAGGGAGAAAUGCAAGUAUUUUCACCCUCCUGCACAUUUGCAGGCCAAAAUCAAAGCGGCGCAACACCAAGCCAACCAGGCUGCGGUGGCAGCCCAGGCAGCUGCGGCAGCUGCGACUGUGAUGACUCAGUCGACUGCCAAAGCAAUGAAGCGACCUCUCGAAGCAACUGUAGACCUGGCCUUUCCUCCCGGUGUUCUUCACCCUUUACCAAAGAGACAAGCACUUGAAAAAAGCAAUGGUGCCAGUGCCGUUUUCAAUCCCAGUGUCUUGCACUACCAACAGGCUCUUGCCAAUGCUCAGUUGCAGCAACAUGCAGCGUUUAUCCCGACAGGGUCAGUUUUGUGCAUGACACCCGCUACCAGUAUUGUACCCAUGAUGCACAACGCUACGGCCGCCACUGUCUCUGCAGCAACAACUCCUGCAACAAGUGUUCCCUUCGCCGCAACAGCCACAGCAAAUCAGAUAAUCCUGAAGUAAUCAGCAGGAAUGGGACGGAGUGUCAAGAAGCCUCCCUGCGGAUGGCCAAGCACGGCUACUGUACAUACUAUCCUGUCUCCUCCUCUCUAGAAUUGCCACAAACUGCAUGCUAAGUAAAGAAUUUGUUCUUACGGACAAAUCACAAACUCUAAGAAGCUAGUGCUGCUAUGUCAUAUAUGAAUAUUAAAUAUGGUAUGCUUACUAUACUCCGACCUAAAAUAGUUAACUACCUGAUACCAGCUGUGAUGUUUCAAGACAUAAAGGGUAACAUUUAGUUUUGAAGAUUUUUAAAAACAUAGUUUAAUUCUUGCAAAUAUUGUCUUUUCUCCAUAACUAUACCUAAUGGAAAUGGUCCAAUUAAGUUAGUCUUGGGAGAUUCAGCGGUCAUGAAUCUUUCAAGCUCAGCAAUAAUUAAUUUGUAUUGGCUAAAAACUUAUGCCAGUUGCAGGUUUAAUUUUAACCCAAAUUACGAUUGGGGUUUUUCUUCUUGGUUAAAAAAUCUUGGUUUUGCUCCCGCAGCAAGUUAACUCCAAGACAAAGGAAGUGAAACAAAGCCCGGUAUCCUGCACAUCACCCUGCCAGUCUAAAAUUUUUAGCCAGAAAUCCAAAGUAAAGCACAAAUUCUUUAGAUGCACAUAGUUGGUGUUUGACUUGUAUGGAGAAGUUGCAUUUGAGUCAUAGCAGAAUAGCAGAAAAAAAAAAAAAAAAGUUAAAAAUUUUGCACAGUAUGAACUUCAUACCCCUUUCAAUCCCCAAAAGAACAAAGUCUUGAAAAUAUUAUUUUACGAGUAUAUUUAUAAUGUUUUUAAAAGAAACUUUGCAGAAGUGCCUAAAUUUUGUCACAUCAGACUUGAUGAAAGUGAGCCUGAUGCCAACAGUCAAUCUUACCGGAAGCGAAUAAUCUCUCAAACUCAUAGUCACAUUACCAAAAAGAUCCAAGCUCUUAAGAAGUAACUUCUAUAAAUGUAAAAAAAUCAAACGAAAAGACCAAACUAACAAAGGAAAAGGAGAAGAAGAAGGAUGUAGGUGAAGAGAUUUGUAUGAUACUCUAAUUUAAUUAAAAUUCAGUUUAGUCACUGAGACUUCAUAAGUGACUUUAAUCUAGGUUAUUAACUGAACACUAAGAAUGUAGAAUGAGAUUCAGUUUAAUAAAUCAUUACUGUAUUUGCAUUUUUUUUAAUUGGAUUAUAAGAUUGUAACCAGAUUAGAAUGGAGAAAAAUAGUUCUUUUAAUUGUUUUUCUUUAAAAACAUAUUUUAUGUCACAAAAGUAUGAAGAUAUCUUUAAUACAAUUAUAUACAUAUUAUAUAUACAUACAUACAUAUAUAUGGAUGAAGCAGAUUUUAAUGUUGUUUACUUUUUUAAAUACUUUGUUGAUUUACAAGGUAAUUAUAUAUGUAUAAUUAAAAUUUCAUUUGUUUGAUUUGAGAUUUGUUUCAAGCACUAUUGUACCAAAUAUUUCAUAUUUCACAUUUUAUAUGUUGCACAUGUAUCACAGAAAUUACAUAGUUUUUAAAUUAUUGUUUAAAAAACAAGACAGCUGUUAUAAGUGGAUAUUAUGUAUAAUUGUUUGCAGCAUAAGUUUUCUAUGUGGACAUUAUUAGUGAUUGCAGUAUUUUAACUUAACCUCUUCAGAUUGAUUGUAAACUAUUUUAAACUUUGGCAGCACUGCCUGUUCUGAACGACUGAAGGCACUAACCAUAUAAUUAUUUGUCUUGGAAAUUAUUUUCCAGGCUAAAUCUUGUUUGUCCAAUGUCUAAUUACUAUCUAUUUAUAUAUAAAGCUGGAGAUUUGAUCAUCCGACAGAAAAAAAUAAUCACAAUUCGAUUGUAAAAUUAACAUAGUGCUUGUAACGUUGCGUUAGUUUUAAUUUGUGGAAAAAUAAUGUAUCUUAACUUGUUAUUUAGCAGUUAAGGUAUCACCAUUAUAUACUAUUAAAACACUAAUAUUUGUAGACUUUCUCAGUCAUUAUAACUAGGUAGUUGACACUGCAACUUGCCUAUAUCUGUCAAAGUUGUUUUUAUUUUUUUAUAAUAGUUAAUUUAGGCAUUUGGGUAGCUUAUUGUACAAUACUAAAUGGUAAAUUAUCCAUGUUGUUUAAAUAUUUUAUGUAGAUAACUCUUCAAAACAUUGUUUUGUGUGAACUUUUUAUGUUUCAAAAUAACUGUUAUUCUAUGUUUUUUACAAUUAAUCCAAUACUACUAUUUUUUGCCCAUGGAUGACGAAGCUUCAGAUACAUCAGGUCUUUCAUCCAGAUAAACUGACAGACAAAAAGAGAAAAUGUAUUUUUAAUAAGAGAUCCACUUUCCGACUUUAUGACUUUGUAAUAUUCCUAAAAACUGUACAAGUACAAACCUAUGCUAACAGUAAGGAGGCAAUUACAGAGAUGUGCAAAUACGUGUACAACAGAUUCUGCAUUUUAUUUAUUUAUAAAGUAAUUUUAUAGACUAUUUCAAAAUUUGGGAAGAUCUAAAACUAUUUUUCUGUAUAAAUAUUAUUUGCCAAAACUUUGUUUAUAUUUUAAAAAAAGUCUAAUGAAAAUGGUUAAAUUUUAAAUGCUUUGUUUAAUUAAAAAAAAAAAUAAAAAAACACACAAAAAACACACAAAUAAACCCCCCCCAAAAGAACCAUGAGAUGGGCCAACACAGAGACAGUGAAUACUGUAGCUGAGGCGUAGUUUCAAGUUACUUGAGAUGCCUCAGUGUUUAUUUUCUUCAAACGAUACAGCACCUCACCAAAAUACCUUUUUGUUUGCCUCUCUCAUACAGUAUAAUUGACAACGCUUACAAUGAAUACUUCGGUAACCGUUCGAGAAACCCCUCCAUUUGCUCUUUUCCAGCAUAUAACUACUAGUGGUCUGUUAAAUAGCCAUUCUAUUUCUGUUGUGACGUUAAAUUCAUUCACCCAAUGUACAACCACUGAAAUAAAAAGAAGCAUUUUAAAGUGA